ACUUUCAGAAUCACGACGUCACUCGAGGAGCGUCUGGAAGGAGACAGGUCCAUGACACGAAUAACACAUCGAUACUGACUGGAGGUCUCGUGAACAUGCACGUGUUCAUGAUCGCCAUUAUUUGCGGUUUUACAUCCGUUGCCGUACAGAGAUUGCGCAAACCGAAGGCGGAGCACGACGAUGAAGUUGCGAAGCGGGCGCGUGGUGAAAGUGCCGAAGAAGGAAAUUUCGCAGGCCGCACAGCGUCUCCAGCUACUCGGAAUACCUCCCGAGCUACGCCUCAUCAUCUAUCUAUUCCUUCUCAUCGCUUAUUAUCGAAUAUACGACUUCCGUUGUGCGGCCUCGAUCGAGCAUCCCAUCCUUCACGUAUCAGCAUUCAUCCGCAACGAAGUGCUAUGGGAUUACAACACUGCACUCAAAUACUUCACCACCCGGCUCUACGAUAUCUCCUAUGCAGCUUGCGAUGCUUAUGCUAGCGCUGCUUGUGAAUGGCUCGACCAUGUCAUAUCGAUAGGUGUUGCUGGGCCAUGGAGUAUAGCAGCGAGGACAACGUUGCUUCGAUUGCAGAUUAAGAAGACUGAGGCGUUCGAUGAAUACGAUUAUGUCGUUGACGUCGUGAAGGAUUGCUUGGAAGCUGUGGAGGAGCAGAUUGUUAAGUGGCAGCUCUGAAGGAGUUCUUGCAGCGAUGAGAUCCUGCAAGGACUGUGAACUGUCGACCUAUGGCUGACAUCCCAUUCCGUUGCAAGCUUGUCGGGUGUCUUGAGUGAAUAUGCCUCACACUGAGUGGCUGGCAGCAUGUGGUGGAACUUCGGACCAGUAACAUCUCGCAAUUGGCAUAUCAUU